AUGCUAAAUGAAAGAUUACCAAUGACAACAUAUUUUAUUCGCAACUAUAUAGAAAUCUUGAAGGAGUGUGGUGGAAUGAACAUUGAGAAACAGAUGAAGAUUUAUACAAAGAGAGAGAACAAAUAUGUAGUUCGUUAUGAUAGAACAACACUGUUAUGGGAUGUUAUGAAAACAUUGUGGGAGUGCAAAUAUUUCGAACCUAUUUCUUAUGGAGAACUUUUCACAUAUACGACUGACUUAUAUAAACAGAACCUUGCACCAUUUAAAGAUUUGACAUAUGCUCCAAAGUAUUGUGUACAACUGAAGAAGAAAGCCGAGUCAAAAGAAGUAAAUAAAAAUAAGUGCAAGUUCAUUCCUGAGCACGUUUUCUUUGCUGACUUUGAAUGUAGCACUGAUGGAGUUCAUAAAGCUUUUAACAUAUGUUACGACGGUGAAGAUGGUUCAGUGAGUGAAAGCAUUUGGGGUCAGAACUGUGCAACAGAAUUUUUGGAACGACUUCCUGACAAGAGUUUAAUAUAUUUCCAUAACCUCAGUUAUGAUAUAAACUUCAUCUUAAGACACAUGACAGAAGUGAAAGGAACUCCCAUCAUUAAAGGUUCACGAACAAUGCAGAUAACGGGAAUAUAUAAAGGUAAAGCAAUCAUUAUUAAAGAUUCAUACACUGUUAUAAAUAAGAAGCUUAAACUAUUUCCUGAAAUGUUUCAUUUGCAGUGUGGUGAAAAGGAAGUAUUUCCGUAUCAAUAUUAUUCAAGCUCUUUAUUAGCAAAUGACAACAGAACUGGUGUCAUUUCUGAAGCGUGUAAGUUUGUAAAAGAUAUUGAUACGUUCAUGAAAAACAUAGAUUCCAUCAAAGGUUGCAGAAUAGAUGAAAACCACUUCGACUUAGAAAAGUAUAUAUUUUAUUGCAAACAAGAUGUAAGAAUUUUAAGAGAAGGUUUUGUUAAGUUCCGCAAUGAUAUAUUAAAAGAAUUUGAUUUAAAC